AAGGAUAGUUUCUCUGACUAGAACUCCGCUUGAUCCAUAGCUACCUAACACCCAGCCAAACACGCGUGCGCACCUCUAGUGUCCGCCUUUCCCGUCAUGCUCCGAAGGAAUCUGGAAACUGUUCCCCAAGAAGAAACCAUUAGUUUGGACCUGGAGGAUUCCUUUGCCUCAGAUACUAAGAUGAAAGAAUCACCGAUAGAUGGUGAAGGUGACGACAAGGCAGGGGCACCACACCUGGGGCAGCUAGAUGAAAUUAAGACGGAACCUGACAAUGCUCAGGAGUAUUGUCAAGCCCAACCGCCCAAAACUCAGGAGAGUGAACUGAAAAUAAACACUACAUUUUCAGACAGUGCUUCACAGUUGACUGCAGGCAUUCAGCUUUCUCUGACAUCAUCUGGCGUGAAUAAAAUGCUUCCUUCAGUUUCAACCACAGCCAUUCAGGUUUCCUGUUCCGGCUGUAAAAAAAUCCUUCAGAAGGGCCAGACAGCUUAUCAGAGGAAAGGGUCUACUCAGCUUUUCUGUUCCACACCGUGCGUCACUGAAUACAUUUCAUCUGCCAAUUCACCAGCUCUUCCCAAGAGAACUUGUUCAAACUGCUCCAAAGACAUUUUAAAUCUAAAAGAUGUGAUCAGUGUCCAGCUGGAAGAUAAUACCUCUAGCAAAAAUUUUUGCAGCCAAUCUUGUCUUUCAUCAUAUGAAGAAAAAAGAAAACCUUUUGUCACUGUAUGUACUAAUGGCAUUUCAAUCAAGUGCAGCAUGUGUCAGAAGACUACUGUCAAACCAGCUAAAACACUUACAUCUGUUCUUUGCAAAUCAUUGAAGUCCUCAGAUGAAAUGAUUGAAACCACCAGUGACUUGGGGAAGACAGAACUAUUCUGCUCUGUUAAUUGUUUGUCUGCUUAUAAUAAAGCUAAGAUGGAAUCUUCUACUGUCAAUGUUUCCAUGGUGCAUGAUGCUUCAACAGAGCUCCCUUCUCCAAAGAAAGAUACGACUCCAGUUAUAAGCAAUAUAGUGUCGUUGGCAGAUACUCAUGCUGCCCUGCCUGUCAUGAACUCUGACGUCUUACAAGCAGGCACAGUUUCUUCAGUAACAGCAAAUAUCAUUGCAGAUAUUUCUAAGAGUUCACCCAGUGAAUCAAGUAGUGGUGGUGUUAAUAGUGUAGAACAACCAGACCUUUCACCGUCAUCAUCAAUACCCAGUCAACAUACAGUUGGCUCCAGUAUAGAAGUACAAAAAGAUCAAGUGCCAAACCAAGAUGCUGCAUAUACUAUGAAAUCUAUGAAAAUAAAUGAUGGGCUAUGUCACCCAAAAUUUACGUCCAAAGUACAAAAAGUUAAAGGUAAAUCACGAAGUAUUAGAAAAUCUUGGUGGUCAAAUUUUCAGCAUUUGGAAAACAGUGUUAAAAAAGAUGUGACAUUCUGUUAUUCAUGCCAGUUGUUCUCCCAGAAAAAUUUUAGCUGUGAAGGAGAGUCAUUUGCAACCCAAGAAAUUUCUAAUUGGAAAAAAACUCUGGAAAAAUUCAGAAAGCAUGAAAAAAGUGAAAUGCAUCUGAAGUCAUUGCAAUUUUGGAGGGAAUACCAAUUUUGUGAUGAAGCUGUCAAUGAUAAUUUAUCUAUUCAUUCAAAACAGAUUGAAGGAAAUAAAAAGUACCUAAAGCUUAUAAUUGAAAAUAUUUUAUUUCUUGGAAAGCAGUGUUUACCCUUAAGAGGAAACGACCAGUCUAUUUCAUCUGUGAAUAAAGGCAAUUUUUUAGAAUUGUUAGAAAUCAGAGCAAAAGAUAAAGGAGAAGAAAUAUUUCGACUUACGAAUUCACAAGUUGACUUCUAUAAUAGUGCACAGAUUCAAAAUGAUAUUAUUGAAAUUAUAAAGACUGAAAUGUUGCAAGAUAUUGUGAAUGAGAUCAAUGUCUCCUCAGCUUUUUCAAUAAUAUGUGAUGAAACAAAUGAUAGUACCACUAAAGAACAGUUUUCAAUUUGUGUAAGAUACCCACAAAAAACAGCAAAAGCUAUCUUAAUUAAAGAGAGAUUUUUGGGUUUCAUAGAUGUUGAAGAGAUUGCUGGGGCCAACUUACAUGGGACUAUUAGAACAUACCUACAGCAUAUUGGAGUGGAUUUGAGUAAAAUUUGUGGCCAGGCCUAUGAUAGUACCACUAAUUUGAGGGGAAAAUUUAAUAAAAUUGCAGCAGAAUUCAAGAAGGAGGAGCCAAGAGCUUUAUAUAUACAUUGUUAUGCACAUUUUUUGGAUUUAGCAGUAAUUCGUUUUUGCAAAGAAAUAAAAGAACUACGAAGUGCUUUAAAUACUCUCAGUUCUUUGUUCAACACUAUUCAUAUGUCUGGGGAACUAUCUGCAAAUUUUCGAAAUAUUUGUAAGCUAAGUCAGAACAAAACAUGCAAAAAACAUACAUCACAAUCAUGUUGGACAGUCCAUGAUCGUACAUUACUAUCUGUGAUUGAAGGUCUUCCAGAGAUUAUUGAAGCACUGGAAGUUUUAUCAAGCCGUUCUUCAAACGCAAGUUUGGCUGAUGAAUUGAGUGAUCUGUUGACAUUGGUUUCCAAAUUUGAAUUUAUAUUUUGUUUGAAAUUUCUUUAUCGAGUACUAAGUGUUACAGGAAUUCUUUCUAAAGAGCUUCAAAGUGAAAUGAUAGACAUUUUUUCUUUGUCUUCAAAAAUAGAAGCAAUUUUUGAAUGUUUAUCAUCUGAAAGAAAUGAUGUCUAUUUCAAAACUAUCUGGGAUGGAGCAGAGGAAAUAUGUCAAAAAGUAACAUGUAAAGGUUUUGAAGUUGAAAGACCAUCUUUUCAGAAGAGAAGAAAAAUCCAGAAAACAAUAGAUCUUGGCAAUGCAGACAGUAUGGUUUUUCCUACCUCAACAGAAGAACAAUAUAAAAUUAAUAUUUAUUACCAAGGAUUGGAUACUAUCUUACAAAAUUUAAACUUAUGUUUUUCAGAGUUUGAUUAUUGCAAAAUGAAGCAAAUUUCAGAACUAUUACUGAAAUGGAAUGAACCCUUAAAUGAAACAACAGCCAAACACAUCCAAGAAUUCUAUAAACUUGAUGCAGACAUCAUCCCAGAACUUAGAUUUUAUCGACAAUAUGCAAAGCUCAACUUUGUCAUAGAUUAUGAUUGUAUCACCUUCAUCGAUCUUGGCUACUUAUUUAUUCAGCAUGGUCUUCACAAUAAUAUUCCUUGCAUAUCAAAGCUAUUAUAUAUUGCUUUGUCUUGGCCAGUUACUUCAGCAAGUGCCAAAAAUUCAUUUUCUACACUGCCUCGUCUUAAAACAUAUUUAUGUUGUGCUCUUGGACAAGAGAAACUUAGUGGCCUGGCCCUAAUGGCUAUUGAGCAGGAAUUGGCAAAUAAACUGAUGGAGCCUGAAAGACUCAAUGGAAUUGUGGAAAAGUUUAUCCAUCAGACAAAAGAAAUAUAACACUUGCUAAUUUGAAUCUAUCUAAAAGAAUUUUAUUUUUCUGUUGGGAUGUUACAGUUUUUAUUUCAAAAUUGUCUUUUCAGACAUUUUUUUUUCAUCAGAACAUGUAACAUUCACUUGGUUCAAAAUUCAAAAAACAGAAUGAUAAUACAGUGAAAGUCUCCUUCCCUUUUUUAGUACCCAUUUCCCUCUCCCUGAAGUAUUAACCUGUUACUCAAAUAUCUUUGUAGAGAUAUUUUUCCUAAGUGGUACUCCACAAUGCACAGUAUUCUUCAACCUGUCUUUUCCACUUAGCAUUAUGCUCUUGAGAUCGUUUCAUAUCAGUACAUAGCUUUCUUGAUUCUUUUUUUACAACUGUAUAAUGUUUCAUUGUAUGGAUGGACCAUAAUUUUUUGAGCAAUCCCUGUUGACAAACAUUUUACUUUCCAUUCUUUUGCUUUUAUAAAUAAUGCUGUAUUUAGUAACCUUGUACACAGGUUACACUGCACAUGAGUGAGUUACUGUAACAGAAUUUUAAAUUGGAAUUACUGGGUCAGAAGACUUGCACAUUUUUCUUUUUGAAUGAUAUUGGCAAAUUGCUUUCUGUUAGGAUUGGGCCAGCUUACAGUCCCACCAAAAAUGUGUGAGCAUGCUUGUUUCUUUGAGUCUUCAUAAACAAUGUUAAUCAAACAUUUUGAUUUUUGCCAGUCCGUUUGUUGAAUAAUGGUGUUUUAAUAUCUGUGGAGAUAAAAUCACAGUGGAAUUUUGUACUGGUUAUUAAGACUAAGUUUGGUUAUUGCUUGAGCCAUUUGUAUUUCCUUUUCUGUGCACUGUCACACUUAAGCAUUAAAACUGUAAAUAUUGCUGUUUGGGUUGACACAAUGGCUAGUUAACACAAUAGGAAUUCUUAAUAUACUUUAUGAAAAUAAAUAUGACUAGUUUUCAAAUAACCCUGAAA